AUGGCUGGGCAUGUGUCUAUCCUCAAAGUGAUCCUUGAAUACGGGGCAAACGUGGAUUCUUGCGAUGGUGACGGGCGUACCGCCCUCCAUCAUGCAGCUGCAUCGGGGCAUGUGUCUAUCCUCAAAGUGAUCCUUGAACACGGGGCAAACGUGGAUUCUUGCAAUGGCGACGGGCGUACCGCCCUCUAUCAUGCAGCUGCAUCGGACCAGGUGGGAGCUACAGAUGCACUCAUCGAGGCCGGGGCGAACAUCAAGCUCAAAUCGACCGAAGGGUGGACACCGCUGCUCCGUGCCACAAUAUUCAACAAACGCGAAGCAAUGCUAGCCCUUUUCCGGCAUGGAGCUAUCGCUAGCACCUGUGAUGAUGUUGGACAACGCCAUUGCAACAGGUUUGCUUUCUCAAGUACCCCGGCCUAGAGUGGGGCGUGGAUCUGCUGUUGCGAUGGGGGGCGGACGAAACAGACUUGGACGACGCCGACGAGACACCGGCGACGAAGCUCCAUGAACUUCCAUCUUCUUGCGGUGACUGCCCCCUAGCUGAGGUCAAGCGCGUACGACUUUUGCUUACCCGCGCCCCGGCAGACAGAGCUUGGCGUCGACGGGGUUGGCUGGUCAUGC